AUGAACUCAGUAAGGAAGAGGUUUUCAUCAAAUCUGGCAUCUUCCAAAUUACAACCAGUAUCUUCUCCGCGAAUUCCGUCUGGGGCUGGAGAUGUCAAUGAUUUAGAAGGGGUAUCGCCAGAAUUAGUUCCAAUAGUAACAUUAUUAUCAUCCCAAUCCCAUCGUCGUUAUCAUGAAGGUAUCUUUAUGUUAUAUUAUGAUUUGAAUGGUGAUGGUAAACCAGCUGAUCGUGAGUGGAAUGAAGUAUAUGGGAUCUUGACUGGUAAUCAAUUAGCUUAUUGGGGUGCAGCAAAUUUAGCACAAUUUAAAGAAAAUCCCGAUGCUUUAUUACAAACAUCAGCAAAACCAAAUUAUAUCAAUUUCACUGAUGCUGUUUAUAAUGCUAUGAAAUCUUUACCAGCUGCAAAACAAACUUUAGAUAAUGUCAUAAUUGUAUCAACUACUUUAAAGAAUAGAUAUAUUUUACAAUUUAAAUCUCAUAGUGAUUUAACUGUAUGGUAUGCAGCUUUAAGAUUAUCCAAUUUCGAAUAUUCAUCUUUACAAGAAGCAUAUACUGGAGCACUUUUAUCAGCUAGAGGAUCACGAUUAUCAGAUAUUAAAACCAUAUUGGCAGAAAAGAGAUUUGAUCAUGAAGAUUGGGUAAGUAUCAGAUAUGGAAGUGGAAUGGCAUGGAAAAGAUGUUAUGCAGUUGUAGAACCUUCAAUCAGUAAAAAGAAAACAUUUACAGCAGGAAGAAUUUUAUUAUAUGAAAAUGAACAAAAGAAAAAGAAACAGUUAAUGGCUGUUAUAAUAAAUUGCACAUCGGCAACGGCAAUUUAUCCUUCAUCUCAUUUAUUAAUUGAUCAUUCUACAAUGUUGAAAUUAGAUGGUUAUAUAAAUUUUAGUACUCCAAGUUUAUCAACAAAAGUAUCAAAAUCUCAUCUUGGUGAUUUUAAACGGACAUCAAUCUUUUUAAUGCCUGAACAACAUUCUGCUGUUCCCGGGUUUGAUACAUUAAUCAGGUUUUUAGUGCCCUUAUUUGAUUCAUUUGGAUUGUAUGGUAGACCAAAGAGAUUGAAAGCAAAUAGAACCGAUAUGGAAUCAUUAUUAUUUGGAUUACCAACAUUACCAAGAGUUCAUUAUCUAGAAUUGGAAGAUAUCAAACAAAUGACAAAUUCGAAAGAAUCAUUAAAUUGGGAUCUUAAUGAAUGGACAAAGAAUAUCAGAUUAUUAUUAAAAUCAAAAUUGGAUAGAGGUUAUGAAGGUUGUGGAAGUAAACGAGGUAAUGCUGCUGCAUUGGGUGCAUUAAACAGUCCUUUAUCAUCUCCUCAAAUUAUGUCAAGUCCAAAAUUUUCCAGGUCUGGUUCUUUGGUUGAACAAAGACCACAGCCAAAUUCAUCCACUUCAAAUCUUGCAAAGCCGCCAAUGUCAGCUGCUCCAAGACAAGCUAAUAGAGGAUUCGAUAGAAAUGUUAACGAUUUAUCUAUUGGAAUUGGGAAUCGUAGUGAACCUAAUAUUCCAAUCGUUGUUACCUCUGCUGGUAAUAACAGUGGAGGUGGUGUUUAUCCUUCUACUCCACCUGCAAAUUGGCUGCCUGCGCUGAAUUUGGAUGAAAUCUAUCAGAAUUAUUCAGAUAUACAUACUCCUGAUCGUGAAGCAUUAGAGAGGUUGGAAAAUGAAAUGAGUGGAUUGGAUGUGAAUAAAAACAUUUACCCUAAGAAUGAUAAUGAUUUAUUUAGUGAUGAUGAUGAUGAAGACGAGGUAGAUGAUGGGGAAGAAAAGAUUGAUAUUAGGAGAAUGGGUACUAGAAUUCGUGAACGUUCUGAAACUGCAUCCCCUGCACUUCGUAAUGGUUUAACGGUACCUCCCCAUUAUGAUGAUAGGAGUGGUAGUUAUUCAUCAGUAAUUUCUCCACUGGCACAAUUUAGUGAACUUCAAAAGGCAUAUGCGAAAGUUGAUCGACCACCUUAUGAACUUCUCAGUAGUGAUGAAGAUUUAAAUAAUUCGCCACCACCUCCUGCUCCACCAGCACAUGAUCCUAAAUUGUUAAAUGUCAUGAAGGAAAAAAUCAAUGAUGUACCACAAGGAACUAUGCAACCAGGAAGUACUACCCAUAAUUCAAUUCAUUCAGAAUCAGGAAGGGUUAGUGAAGUUUCCGAUAGUGAUAAUUCGUUUGAAAAAGGUGAAGAAUCACUUGACGUGCCUUCUCUUCCACCCCCACAGAAUAAACCAAGAUUUAUCGCGUCUCCAAAUGCAACUCAGAAUCGACAAUUUUCCCCAGAGCCACAACAACCAGGAUAUCCGGUUUCUCCACUUGUUAAACCUCUUGGAGAGAAUGCAAAACCGAACCUUCCAUACCCUGCCGGUAAUCCAAAGAUUAAAUCAAGGGAUAAUAUAGAUACUGGAGAAAUUGCCACUGAGAUCAGAGGUGGCCAAGGUUAUCCACCACAACAACAACAACGAGCAAUGGAUAGACAAGGUUCUCCCGCAAUGCAACCAAGACAAGUGAAUCCAAAUGUAUAUCCAGGAAAUCAACCACCUCCACCAUCUCAGGGAAAGCAACAGGGUUCCGGCCCAGGAUAUGGACAAGUUCCUCAAGCUCAUCCACACCAUUCUCCACACAAGCGUCCACCACCACCAUCACAACAACAACAAUAUCCUCCGCAACAACAUCAGCGUCCACCUCAAGGACAGCAACAACAGCAACGUCCACCUCAGGGAAUGCCCCCACCACAACAACAACGUCCAUCUCAGGGAAUACCUCCACAACAACAACAACAAUUCCGCGGUAUGCCUCAAUAUCCGCCUCCUCAACAGCAACAAUAUAACCGUUCUCAACCACCACCUCAACAGAGACAGCAACCACCUCCACAACAGAGACAGCAACCACCUCCACAACAGAGACAGCAACCAUCUCCACAACAAAGACAGCAACCACCACAGCAACAACAAUAUGGUCGUCCUCCACCUCAGCAACAUCCUGGAUCAGGUUAUCAACAACAACAACAACCUCCACAACAACAUCGUCCACCUCCACAACAAUAUCCAAGUCAGGGAAGUGGUGUUCCUCGAGGGAUGGUUCCAAAAAGUGCUGCGCAGACUCUGAUUAGGGUUAACCCAUCAGAUCUUAGGGGACAAGGGUCACAACAAUAUCAAUAUUACCCACAGCUGCAGCAACAACAACAGCAACAACUGAAGGGGCCAUCACCUCCAGCACAGCAACAGCAACAGCAACAGCAGGGUCUGUUGGCUAAUCCAUAUGGGCAAUAUAAUGAUGGAGGGGCUGUGAGAAGAUAUUAG